AAGAGGGCGUUAUGGGUAAUGGGUAGGGCAGAUCUGAUCUGUUUUGGUGAUGAUGAAUCACAGAAUUCUACACUUAGUGAUAAACAAACCAAGGCAACUGGAACUGCACUAAACAAGCAUAUAUGUCGGAUUCUCUCUAGGCAUUUGGGAUGAGGAACCGACUUUUAGCCACCCUCAAAAUGGGUAAUGAUAUUCAAGGAAAAACCUCGAGUCAUGAGGAAGAGGGGACCAGCAGUGAUAUGAAAAAGGAAACUUCUAGGGAAUACUUAUACCAGUGGUCAAGUUGGCCUGCGCUUCAAGUAAGGAUCAGCAUCAUUGCAAGCAUGAUGCCUUUGCCUCUAGCUCUGAAUGAUUUCUCACCCGAGAGCUCGUUCGAGAUGCACCAUCUUGCCUGCAGAAAAAACGGGAACCAUGAAAAGUUUAUUCCUGUCAAGGAAUUUUCCUUUGACCACUUGCCAUGCAGCUGCAGGAAUAAAAAUGUUUUGACGUGCAUAAGAAACAUGGCUGUGUUGACAGUGAAAGUGAAAGUGAAUUUCGUUAGCCUGAAUCGCCCCGACACGUGUGUGACUGCAGGCAGCUCACAGGCGUAUCCCUUCUCCAAUCUGCGGGGUAGAAACGUGUUGCGUACAGGAAGUGGCUGGGUGCACACAGUGGAGAACGUGACACAUACGGAUUGCAAGUGUCGGGCGUGUGUGGACACCCUGGAGCCGUCUCGCAACUGGUGGCAGAUCACCGUGGUGACGGCCGCCCAUGUGGUCUACGACGACCAAGAGUGCCGCAACGCGACCUUCGAUCUCUUCUACGACGACGAGGACUCGCGGGAGGAGUCGAUGGUGACCCUCCAAGGUCACCGGGUGGAUCUGGUGGAUGUGGACACGGACCGGUGCCACCUGGUGUGCGUCACGCACGACCGGCACGUGGGCCGCCGGCUGCAGCUGGCCAUCAAGACAUGCCAGAACGAGCUCCACCGGCUGCAGAGCCAGCUGCAGAGCCUCACGCCCACGGUGGUUGUGUCCCACCCCCACGGCCUCAGCAAACGCAUCACUGUCGGGGAGAGGGUCCGGACAGAGAAGUCGGGCGGGUCGGAGAAUCGUCUGGUGUACACGACGGCCACGUGCCCGGGGAGUAGUGGCGGCCUGGUGUGGCCCGUCGGUAGGAAGUGGAACCGGCAUCUGUGUCGCGUGGCCACGCACAGCGAGAGUUGCGGGCUGUACAGCAUGAGUUCUGUGACGCUGCCAUUUUGCACCAAGCGCGAUUGUCGCAAGAAACAGUUCUCUGACCCUUAAAACGUCUGUCAUGUGACCUGGUCACGUUUUUCUUUUUUCUUUCUUUCUUUCUUUCUUUCUUUUUUUUCUUUUCUUUCUUCCUUCCU